CGACCUCGGCUUCAGAACAGCUUGAAUGAAGUUGAAAAGAACAAACGUCUGUCCUGUCGUAGCGUGGUAAACAUUCCAUUUUUAUGUAGGAGAAGAUAAUAUAGCAUUUAUAAAAUUUUUUAACGCGAACUCACGAAAUUUCCCACAAACGGGUUAUGACUCAUAGCUGCACUUGUCAUUGAAUUUGUCUAUUGCUUUCUCGCUUCACUGCUCAGUAAAAGCGAAUGAACAGUCGGGGCAAUGCAAAGCAUGGUGGACUUGGCGUCCCUGGAACGUUGUUCACAUUUGUUACGAAUAAUUCACGGAAAGCGCGCAAAGAGUGAUUUACUGACGUGUCUUUUAAUUUCGUUAACCGAUAAUCACGAUAAUUUUAAUUAGUAGUUGAAACUUACUUCCGUCCUAAGUUCUCAAAUCUCCAUCUGUGUUCCAUCAGAUGUGUAUAUCACUAUAAAACAGAAGCACCUUUUAAAUAGCUUCAAUUUUCCUACCUGUACAAGAUAUUUUUGUGUAUCCGUCACAACCAAAGAGUGCUUUGUUACUUAAUGAUCAGAGAUUUAACAUAAUUUAAUGUUAAAAGUUGGGAUCAUAUAAUAUAUAUAACAAAGUAUUGAGUGAUAUUCUGCCAAAUAUCGUUUCCUCAAAACUUAUCAAGUCAAGUAUUACUACAUGCAUAAAGUAUGAACGGCCAGGUGAAAGAUGUGCCAUGUGGCAUUCAGUGUUUAAAACACAUAUGCAACAAUUGCUGUGUACAUCAUCAGAUCAAUUGGAAGCCAUGGUAUCAAGCUGGGAUACUGGUGACUACUUUCCUCGCGUAUACUUGCUACCAUUUGACUCGGAAGCCAAUAUCUGUGGUGAAAAAUGUCCUGAGCCAAAAUUGUAGCGGAAUACUGCCACCUUCCGAUGUCCCAAUAAAUGACAGUAUUCAUUGGUGCGAUUGGGCUCCAUUUGACACGGAAGAUGCGCCGGCGUUACUCGGUUUGCUGGACUCAUCGUUUCUCUUCGCAUACGCGGCAGCUAUGUUUCUCAGUGGGAUUAUAGCAGAAAGGGUAAAUCUGCGAUACUUCCUUUCUCUCGGUAUGAUCGCGUCUGGUAUAUCCUGUUACCUAUUUGGGAUCGCCAGGCCUUACGGUAUUCAUAACUUGUGGUACUUCGUCCUCGUGCAGGCAAUAGGCGGAGUAUUUCAAACCACGGGUUGGCCUGGCGUGGUGACAGUCGUAGGGAAUUGGUUCGGCAAGAAAAAACGCGGUUUCAUCUUCGGUGUGUGGAACUCGCAUACAUCCUUAGGGAAUAUACUAGGCAGUGUGAUCGCGGCGAACUAUGUCGAGUCCGAUUGGGGCCUGAGUUUCAUGGUGCCUGGCGCUAUAAUGGGACUGGUCGGGUUCUUCAUCUUCCUGUUCCUAGUGCCGAAUCCUACCGACGUAGGGUGUAGCCCGCCUAACUCUCAUGUGUACAGAAAGAUCGAGGCGUCCAACAGUUCGGAUGAUGAUGCCUAUGUCGAUGUCGGUGACGGUCCCCACACUACCGGAGAAGAUCGUGUCACCUAUCGCUGUGUCUACCGUGAUCAAGUUGCCGCUGACGACCCGAAUGAUAAUUCACGAUCCGAAAGCAGUCCGAUGUUAUCGGGACAUCGACGCAUUUACGGCGCACCUCAAGAUAGCGCGAUUGGAUUUGUGGGAGCCAUGAAGAUACCUGGUGUCAUCGAGUAUUCCUUAUCUCUGUUCUUCGCGAAGCUCGUUAGCUAUACAUUCCUUUACUGGUUACCACUGUACAUUGCAGCUUCGACUACGUAUGGUACAAGCUUAAGCGCAUAUUUGUCGAUUUUAUUCGACGUCGGCGGUAUAGUAGGCGCUAUAGUGGCUGGAGUUCUAUCCGACUAUACCGGCAUGAGCGCUUUCACAUGCGUUAUCAUGUUUGGACUUACAUUUCCCGCAUUAUUUAUAUACGAUUACGUCAGAAACGCCAGUCUAGGCGUCAACGUGAUACUGCUACUGAUCGCGGGAUUAUUGGUAAAUGGUCCAUAUGCCUUGAUAACGACUGCAGUGUCCGCCGAACUUGGGACUCACCCUAGCUUAGGUGAAAAUUCAAAGGCCUUAGCCACAGUGACUGCCAUUAUCGAUGGUACUGGCAGCAUCGGAGCCGCCGUAGGUCCGUUGUUAGCAGGUCUAGUGUCUCGAUGGGCUGGAUGGCACAAUGUAUUUUACAUGUUGAUGGGCUCAGACUUAUUGGCUUUAUUGCUUCUGUCCAGAUUAGUUUAUAGGGAAUUGAGAUUAUACGUGCAAAGACGACGAAUUCUUUGAAUAUAGGCUGUAAAUUAG